AACUGCUACAUUUGGAUGGAGAAGACCCACCGGGGCCCAGGCCUGGCUCCUGGGCAGAUCUACACCUACCCAGCUCGCUGCUGGCGGAAGAGGCGGCGGCUGAACAUCCUGGAGGAUCCGCGGCUGCGGCCCUGUGAGUUCAAGAUUGAUUGUGAGCCCCCCCUGAAGAAGGAGGGCUCCCUGCCAGAAGGUCCAGUCCUGGAGGCCCUCCUCUGUGCAGAGACUGGAGACAAGAAGCCGGAUCUGAAGGAGGAAGAGCUGAUCUUAGACUGCCCGAAAGCUCCUCUUGGGGAAUUCCUGCACGAUUUGGACCCAGAGGACUUGGAGGACGACGUGCCCCGGCGUAAGAACAAGGCCAAGAGCAAGGCCUACGGAAUCGGAGGAUUGCGGAAGAGGCAGGAUGCUGCCUUGCUGGAGGACCGUGACAAACCCUAUGUUUGCGACAUUUGCGGGAAACGCUACAAGAAUCGCCCCGGACUAAGUUAUCACUACACGCACACCCACUUGGCGGAAGAGGAAGGUGAGGAGGGGCCGGAGCGGCACACUCUGCCCUUCCAUCGCAAGAACAACCACAAACAGUUUUACAAAGAACUGAACUGGGUCCCAGAGAACCAGCGCAGGCACACAGCUAAGAAAGCUCCGGAUGGCACAGUCAUACCAAACGGUUAUUGUGAUUUCUGUCUAGGCGGCUCCAAGAAGACCGGCUGCCCGGAGGACUUAAUCUCCUGUGCCGACUGUGGACGGUCAGGGCACCCGUCGUGCCUGCAGUUCACGGUGAACAUGACGGCCGCUGUGCGGACAUACCGCUGGCAGUGCAUCGAGUGCAAAAGCUGCAGCCUCUGUGGCACCUCCGAAAACGACGACCAGCUGCUCUUCUGCGAUGACUGUGACCGCGGCUACCACAUGUACUGCCUGAGCCCACCAAUGGCUGAGCCCCCUGAAGGUAGCUGGAGCUGUCACCUGUGCCUUCGGCAGCUGAAAGAAAAGGCCUCUGCCUACAUCACCCUGACCUAGGCUGCAGCCUUA